AUGAGCAAGCUCUUUUCAGAUGACGAAGGACCGGUCGACGACGUUGUUCAGCUGACCAUAAACGAGCACUAUGCCAAAGCCUUUGAGUAUCGGAAAGAACGCGAGGAACUUGAACAAUUGGAAGCAAAAUACGGAUCUGACUACGAUCCGGGUGAAUCCUCAACUGACUCUGAGAGUGCUGAAUCCGAAGAUGAGGAUGGCGAAGAGUUGACACCGGCAGUGGAUGCUGCUAUCCUCCGUACUCUCGCGAGGAUCAAGAAGAAGGAUCCUGCUAUCUAUAACUCUCAAAAGAAUAUCUUUGGAGAGGAGCGAGAGAAAAUCGCGUCAAAACCGUCAGUAUCGUCGAAAACGAAGACCAAGUCGAAACCCGUCACCAUUCGCCAGGCCAACCUCGAAUCUAUGCUGCACGGUUCUCGGUCGCCUUCUCCCGAAGCAGACGACGGACCUCAACCACUUACCCAUGUCCAAGAGCAAGAAAAAUUGCGGAAAGAAACCAUUUCUGCAUUUCACAAUGCUGUUGGGGGCGACGAUGGCGACGAUUUCCUGAUUCCCCGUGAAAAGACCAAGGACGAACAGGAGCGCGAGGAGGAAGAGUACCGGGCCUUCUUGGAGCGUGAGGUUGGUGAUCUGCGGGAGUUAGUCAGCGUGGAUGGAGACAGGGAUGAUGACGGGGUGCAGGUGGAGGAGGGAAAAGAAGAGGAAGAGGAGAAGGAAGGAGAGCCGAAGAAAAAGAAGAAAAAGAAGAGCAAGUCAAAGGAGACUGCUGACCAGGAGGAGGGCACCUCUUCUGGGAAGCGAAAGAAAAAGAAGGCCGAGGAGGAUCAAGAAUUCUUAAUGAACUACAUCCUCAACCGUGGUUGGAUUGACCGUUCAGAAGGGCAUAUACCCACCUACAAGGAGAUCACCACACAGGACGACAACAAUAAGCGGAAAAAGAAAGGCAAGGCCAAAGCCGAGCCCUCUCUCGAAGGCGAGAACGAAGAGAUGGACACCGGCCUGCUCUCCGACUCGUCCUUCGAGUCGCUCGCAUCCCACUUCGAGGUGUCGUACAAUCACCGCUUCGAAGAGCCCGGUGCUGCCACGAUCCCGUCCUACCCGCGCAAGCUCGUGUCGACGGUGCGGCGCGAAGACACGAAACGUAAAGAGGCACGAGAGAGGAAGAAGGAGCGCAAGGAGGAAGAACUGGCGAAGAAACGAGAGGAGGUGAAGAGGCUGAAGGCGUUGAAGAUGCGCGAAGUGAAACGGAAGCUGGAGAUGAUCGGCCGGCAGGGCGGGUUGGAGAGGAAGAAAGCGGGCGAGGACAACGAGUUUGUGGACGAAGCAUUGAAGGAGUUGGAUCUUGAGGGUGAUUGGAACCCUGAUCAGCACGACCGCCAAAUGUCUGGGCUGUUCGACCGAGAGGUGGAUGGGGAUGACGACGCCAAAGUUGACGAAGAUGGAAAGCCUGUGUGGGAUGACGACAUCGACAUUGGCGACAUACCCAUGUCGGACGACGAUGCCACCUACAGUAAGAAAGAGAAGAAAGAGAGGAAAAAGGAGAAGAAGAAAAAGAAAAAGAAGGAAAAUACGGAAGAAGAUGUCGGUGUGGAUAUCGAUGCCAUGGACGCCGAUGUUCAGCCCCAGUUCGAUGACGAAGAAGAAUGGGAUGGCACGGAGGAGAUGCGGAAGCGGAAGUUGGAUGAGUACAUGGAUGAAAUCUACGGUCUUGAGUUCAACGAUAUGGUGGGCGACCUCCCAACGCGAUUCAAAUACACCUCUGUCAAACCGCAAACUUUCUCGCUGACACCCGUCGAGAUCCUCUUGGCCACCAACCAGGAGCUCAACGAGUACAUGGGCGUGAAGCGUUACGCGCCGUACCGGCAAGAUAAGGAGACGAAACACUUUACGAAGUCGAAGCAGGAGAAAUUACACGAGAUCAAGCAAAAGGUGACUGAGCGGUCUGGUGGUGUGUUUGCUGCACCCGAGGCCGAAGGAGCCGAGAAAGAGAAGAAGAAAAAGAGGAAGGGUAAGAAGGAGCGUAUGAAGGCGAAGGGUGGGCUCACAGGGGAGGAGGGCGAUGAGGCGGCUCCAGACGGCGACACCGCACCUGCAGCUGGCGCAAGCAUAGUCAACGGUUCUUCUGAACCCCAGAAAAAGGCAAAGAAGCGGAAACGAGACCACCAGGCCGGCCAUGCUGCUGAUGACGGGAAUGUACCCAGCUCCGUCAAACUCGAGACGAACGGAGCAUUGGGUGUCGACGGGAAAAGGAACAAGAAGAAAGACCCCGAAGAUGACGCUGCGCAGGAAGGAAGGGUCAUUUCGCCAUAG